GAAGACGCAUUAGCUGCCAUGGGACCGUGCAAGCUGCUGACAUCACUGGUCCUGUCCAUGUGUAGUCAUGUUCUGUACGCUACAGCAUGGUCGGUGAAUAACUUCCUGAUGACUGGACCAAAGGCCUAUCUGACGUAUGCCAGUAGCGUGCAGGUGGGCGCACAGAGCGGGAUUCAGGAAUGCAAACACCAGUUCGCUUGGGACAGGUGGAACUGCCCCGAGAGCGCGCUCCAACUAUCAACUCAUGGACUGCGCAGUGCCACAAGAGAGACGUCUUUCGUCCACGCCAUCAGUGCUGCGGGGGUGAUGUACACUCUCACCAAGAACUGUAGUAUGGGGGACUUUGAUAACUGUGGAUGUGAUGACUCCAAUAUUGGGCAGAUAGGGGGUAGGGGCUGGAUUUGGGGGGGCUGCAGUGAUAAUGUGAAAUUUGGGGAGAAGAUGUCCAAACAGUUCGUGGAUGCGCUGGAGAACGGGCACGACUCGCGCGCAGCUGUAAACCUGCACAACAAUGAAGCCGGUAGACUGGCGAUCAAGGCGACCAUGAAGCGAGCCUGUAAGUGCCACGGCGUCUCCGGGAGCUGCUCCGUUCAGACCUGCUGGAUGCAGCUGUCUGACUUCAGAGACAUCGGCAACUACCUCAAAGUCAAACACGACCAGGCGCAGAAACUGGAGAUGGACAAGAGGCGGAUGAGGUCGGGGAACAGCGCCGACAACAGGGGCGCCAUCGCGGACGUGUUCAGCAGCAUCGCCCGGACGGAGCUCAUUUACCUGGAGGAAUCUCCAGACUACUGUACCAAGAACAAGAGCCUGGGGCUCCAGGGAACCGAGGGGAGGGAGUGCCUGCAGGGGGGAAAUAACCUCUCCCAGUGGGAGAGGAAGAGCUGCCGCCGGCUGUGCCAUGAGUGCGGCCUGAGGGUCGAGGAGAGGCGGAUUGAGAUAGUCAGCAGCUGUAACUGUAAGUUUCACUGGUGCUGCACGGUCAAGUGCGAGCGGUGCACGCAGGUCGUGACCAAAUACUACUGCGCGCGCAGGGAGAGAGUGCGCAGGCCUCAGAACAGCACAAGGAAAAGUGGGAGAAGGCCCCGCGUGCAGCGCAGUUGA